GUGGUCACAGUCGUCAAAGUAUUUUGUGACCAUUCUGGGCUUCUGGGUAUCGUAAGCGAUCGUAAGGAAAGGCUUAAGAAUCGAAGGAAUUGUGUUAAUAUGCGAUUAUUUUGUGGUAGAAGUAACAGAUUAUAAUUAAGAUUAUAAUGUCCUUUGUGAACUGUGACAUGGUCAUUUAAACAAUGUGUUGGAUGUAGAAAUGAGCGCAAUGUUGCAGACAGAAGGAUCGAAUAUCUUGCAGUAUUCUCCUUUUAAUUCGUCAGUGGAUCCAAGUUUUUGGCAUCAAUUAUCGCAUGUGAAACUGGACAUUGACAGAUUGGAAGAAAGUGCCAGACCAAUCUGGGGAUAUUAUUCAAAUGCAGUUCCUCCUGGGCUGACAUCUAAUCUUCAUGUAGACUGCAGUGCAUAUAACGAGGAAUGUGAAGUACAAAAACCACUGCUUGGUGCAUAUGGCAUAUUACUUAAUAAAAACACACUUGAAACAUUCAAGAACUGUAAUAAAAUUGCAUUAUUAGAAGAACAUGGUCAAGAACUGUGGCAUAGUAUUACAAGUGGAGAAGCAUUGAACAACCCUGCCUUGUUGUCUCGAUUUUUUCUACUAACAUAUGCGGAUCUGAAGAAAUAUCAUUUCUACUAUUGGAGUGCAUUUCCAGCACCCAGUUUUCCAAUAAUAACUUUAAAAAAACAGCCACUAAGAUUAGUUGAUACUUUCUCAGAAAAGCAGGUCACAGAACUUGCAAGAGUUUACCUGGCUGUAGAUGACUGGAGACAGCGAGGAUACUUUCUUGUCAAAGUUGGUAGUGAUGGUGAUUCAAGUUCUAUUAAUAUUGUUCCAUUAUGUGAUAUAAAAAAGGUGCCUGUAGCUAUUCCUGAUGGUGAAGAUAUUAAGAAGACAGAGGGUGUUUAUGUGGGAGUGGCUGAUCCAUGCCCACUACCUGACCAUCCUGGAUGGCCCCUAAGAAACCUCUUGGCCUUGUUGUCUUAUUGUUGUUCAGAAUUAGUGGGUUUGAGGCUCAGAGUCCUGUGCCUCCGCCUUCGAUUACUGCCCUGUUCAACAUGGAGUACGAAAGACAGCCUUGUCUUAGAAGUUACAUUACCUCCUAUUUCAACCACAGAACCUUCCUCUCCAGAAACCACAUUUUCUCCACAUUCUGAAUCUGAAGCUUUAAAUUCACCCACUGAAAUGCCAAGUCUUGUGAACAACACCUCCCAUUCUCCUGGAAGCAAGGUCAGGUGGGUUGGAUGGGAACGCAAUGAAAGAGGGAAGUUUGGUCCAAGAGUGAUGAAUCUUAGUUCAUCAAUGGAUCCUGUCAGGUUAGCAGAGACAUCUGUAGAUUUGAAUCUGAAGCUGAUGAAAUGGCGCUUGAUGCCAGAGCUGGACCUUGAUUUGAUAAAGAACACUCGAUGCUUGCUUCUUGGCUCUGGAACUCUUGGGUGCUCUGUUGCUCGAACACUAUUGGGUUGGGGAGUGAGGUACAUCACGCUAGUAGACAAUGGCUGUGUCUCCUAUUCAAACCCUGUGCGUCAGUCUUUAUUCACAUAUAAAGACAGUCUGAACAGUGGACGGCCUAAAUCUGAAGCUGCUGCAGAUGCAUUAAAGGCAAUUUUUCCAGGAGUGGAGUCAUGUGGAGUGCAACUUAAUAUUCCUAUGCCAGGGCAUCCCAUUGGCCCAUCUCUGUUGGCUGAUACCAGAACUAACACACAGGUUCUAGAAGAGCUGAUAGGCAGUCAUGAUGUGGUGUUUCUGCUUAUGGAUUCCCGAGAGAGUCGUUGGCUUCCUACUCUUAUUGCAGCAAGCAAAAGAAAGCUGGUGAUGAAUGCAGCCUUGGGAUUUGAUACAUACCUUGUGAUGCGACAUGGCGUGAAAUCAGAUGACGCAGUUAAUUCUAUCCCAGACUGUUCUGGCAAGUCAAUCCCUGGUCACAAAUUAGGUUGCUACUUCUGUAAUGAUGUUACUGCACCAGGGAAUUCCCAGAGGGACAGAACUUUAGACCAACAGUGCACAGUUACGAGGCCUGGAAUUUCUGCAGUAGCUGGUGCGCUGGCAGUAGAACUUAUGGUGUCUCUUCUGCAACAUCCUCUCAGAGGUUAUGCACCUGCCAGCUGUGUAGAAGAAUGCCAUAGUGAAGGUGGUGAAGAAGGAAGUCCUCUGGGUCUAGUUCCACAUUCUGUUCGAGGCUUUCUUGCAAAGUUCCAACAAGUGUCACUAGCCAGUCACGUGUUCUCUCAAUGUAUUGCAUGUUCAGACAAGGUCCUUUAUGAAUAUGAGACCCGUGGGUUUGACUUUUUGUUGCAAGCAUUCAACACCCCUGAUUAUUUAGAGGACAUCACUGGCCUAACACAGUUACACAAAGAGAUGGAAGAUGCACAGAUCUGGGAGCUCAGUGAUUCUGAAAGCUGUGACUUGGAAUGAAGAAGGACUACAUGGAAAAUUAUUUGUAGCCAGCAUCACAUCAGAAACAGGUCUGCAAACACUAAGAAUUCAUAGGAAGUUCAUAUGGCACGAUUCAAGGCAGCUUGUUGCAUUAA